GUUCUUGCUCAUGCCCUCGUUCCUCGGUCUCCAGUGAGGUUUCUGCUUGUGGUGGUCACUCAGGACCCAGGCAGGCCGGACAGCAGCCACCCUGAACAUCGCUAGCUGUUGGCCAGAGCAGCGAACCGAAGGGUGUCUUGCCUUGGCAUUUAAAUCCUUUCCUCAGAAGGAGCCUUGCAGACCUGUGGGGCAAACAGCCACCUCCUGGCCUCAGUGCCUCUUUCCCCUGCUCUCAGGCCUGGUUUUGCAUUCUAUACCCUCCCCCAACUUUGCUGCCCUUCUCUCUUAAUGUCUACCAUCCCCACCAAUGUUUAUUUUCUUUGUUUUAGUCCUGGAAAUUAAACCCAGGGCCUCGUACAUGCUAGGAUGCAAAGUGUCAUCCAGACUCCAUCUGGAUAAUCCAGAACAAACUCUUCCUCUCAAGAUUUCCAGGGGUCACAUCGUUUGCCAUGUGGAGCUGCACGUCCACCUGGAUGGAGCCAUCAAGCCUGAAACCAUCUUGUACUUUGCCAAGAAGAGAGGAAUCACCCUUCCAGCUGACACAGCGAUAGAGCUGCAGCAGAUCAUCGGCAUGGAUGAGCCACAGUCCCUCCCUGAGUUCCUGACCAAGUUUGAAUACUACAUGCCUGUUAUCGCGGGCAGCAGGGAGGCCAUCAAAAGGAUUGCUUAUGAGUUUGUGGAGAUGAAGGCCAAGGAGGGCGUGGUAUAUGUGGAGGUGCGCUACAGUCCACACCUGCUGGCCAACGCCGAAGUCGAGCCGAUCCCCUGGAAGCAGGCUGAAGGAGACGUCACCCCCGACGAGGUGGUGAACCUAGUGAACCAGGGCCUGCAGCAGGGGGAGAAAGCCUUCAGGACCAAGGCCCGGUCCAUCCUGUGCUGCAUGCGCCACCAGCCCAACUGGUCCCCUGAGGUCGUGGAGCUGUGUAAGAAGUACUGGCAGCAGACUGUGGUGGGCAUCGACCUGGCUGGUGACGAGACCAUCGAAGGAAGCAGCAGCUUCCCGGGGCACCUGGAGGCCUACAAGGAGGCUGUGAAGAGUGGCAUUCACCGCACCGUCCACGCCGGGGAGGUGGGCUCUGCAGAGAUCGUGCGAGAGGCUGUGGAUGUACUCAAGACGGAGAGGGUGGGACAUGGCUACCACACCCUGGAGGACAAGACCCUUUACGACAGGCUGCAGAAGGAAAACAUGCACUUUGAGGUCUGUCCCUGGUCCAGCUAUCUCACGGGUGCGUGGAAGCCAGAAACGGAGCACCCAGCCAUCCGGUUCAAGAACGACAAAGUUAACUAUUCACUCAACUCAGAUGACCCGCUCAUCUUCAAGUCUACCCUGGACACUGACUACCGGAUGACCAAAGAGGACAUGGGCUUCACCGAGGAGGAGUUUAAGCGACUGAACAUCAAUGCUGCAAGGUCCUGCUUCCUCCCAGAAAACGAGAAGGAAGAUCUCCUCAACCAGCUCUACAGAGCCUACAGGAUGCCACCUCCGCCAGCCACUGCCGGUAUGUUUCUUUCUGGGCUCCAGUGGUCACCCUGCCCCGUCUCCUGCCAGCUUCCUAUGUGACUUCUAGCAAGAGCCCUUCCUCCUGGACCACACCAAGGACGUGAGAUGACUGCCUGGCUCCUGGGCCUGGCUGUGGCAGCCCCUCAUCCGAUUGGCUUAUUUUCUGUGUAGUUGCUUUCUGGAGAGCCUGGCCAAAGGCAAGACUUUCCGUAGGCCAGGCCCAGCCAUCUCGGCACCCCUGUGGCUUCCCAAAGCCAAGGGCAGGGAGUUGGACCGGGUCCUGGCCUUUUCUGCUUCUUCUUUCCUGUGUGGCCUUGGCAAGACAUUACCUUGCUCUAAUCUUCAGGAUCACUGUGUGUAUGAGUUCCUCUCUGGUGUUGGAGCUGUGAUUUUUAGUGUCCUGGGGGGUAUUGUGAGUGGCCUCAUCUUUCUGCUUCUCUGACC